AUGGCAUCUGCUCUGAAAGAGUCGGUUCCAAGAGACAGGUGGUGGGAGUGGAGAUGGUUCUCGCCAGAUGACACGAAGGAGGAGAGGCGUCUCAUCACGAAGAUUGACCUUCUCUUGGUACCCUACUCGGUCCUCGGCUAUUGGGUCAAAUAUGUCGAUCAAUCCAAUUUGAACAAUGCCUACGUCGCCGGCAUGAAGGAGGACCUCGGGUUUUACGGAAAUGAGCUUGUUCAGUUACAAACGCUGUUCACUCUUGGAUCGGUCUUGGGCCAGAUCCCUUUCCUAUUCAUCAUGACCUAUGUCCCAAUCCAAUAUCUCAUCCCAAUUUGCGACGUCCUGUGGGGAGUUUUCACGCUUCUACAGUAUCGCGUCCACUCUUACGCAGAACUGGCCGCUUACAGAUUCAUGGUCGGAUGGUUCGAAGCCGCGUUCUUCCCAGCAAUGCAUUACGUAUUCGGCCACGAAAUUGCUCGUCGCGGCGGUAUCUUCUAUACCGGUCUUGCUGCCGGCACAUUGACAGCCGGUCUUAUCCAGGCCGGCGCAUCAAGCUCGCUUGAAGGAGUUCACGGCAUGGAAGGCUGGCGAUGGAUGUACAUCAUCUGUGCGCUUAUCACCAUCCCCGUCGGUAUUUUCGGCUUCUUCGUAAUCCCCGGUACCAUAGACCAGCCCAACAGGUGGUGCGUCAACGACAAGGAAAUCGAGACCGCCCGCGAACGCCUCGAGAAACACGGCCACGUCUUGCACGGCAAGAUGAAGUUUGGCCACAUCAAGCGCACACUUCUCGGCUUCCGCUCCUGGCUCGUCAUCACGACCGACGUCCUCUUCUGGAACGCGGGCAUCCACAAAAACACGGGCUCCUACCUCCUCUGGAUCAAAAGUCUUGGACGCUACAGCGCUGCCCGCAUCAACGAGUUGGGCACGAUCUCCCCCGCUCUGGGGAUCGCCUACACGCUCAUCGCUUGCUUCGCUUCGGAUAUGUUCCUUGGUCCGACCUGGUCGAUCACGAUAUGCUCGGUCCUCAACGCCAUCGGUCUCAUCUUCCUAACGAUAUGGACUGUCCCCGAGGGUGGUCUCUGGUUCGGGUUCGCGACCAUGUAUUGGUCCAAUGCUCUGUCUUCUGUGUUCCAUGGAUGGGUCAACAACCUGCUGCGAGACAGCCCCGAGGAACGGAGCUUCACUUUGGUUCUUAUUAAUUUGCUGUCGCAAAGCUCGACGGCAUGGACGCCCUUGCUUACUUUCCCGACGGUCGAGUCACCAAGGUACAGGAAGGGCUUCUCGUUCUGCCUGGGAUGCGCAGUCGCGUUGAUUGUCUUCACCUGGAUCAUGCACUACUAUCUGAAAAGGGACAAGAAGCACGACACUGGGUCCACAGAUGAGGAGACGAGCACCCAGUCCGAAGUUGGUGUGGUGUCUUCAGUAGAAUUGAAAGGUCAAAGCGACCUGGACGCUAGAGACGACGAUCCGGCUGCUGUAAGGGUCAACAAGGAGACAGGCGAUGACAAGAUCACAGCAAUUUGA